ACAUAACCCGAAAAACACACUAGUUUGUUUUGUGUUUUCAGCUUCACCUUCUCCGAUGGAUAGAUAGAUAAACUCACACACAUGCACGCGAUCGGUAAAAUUCUGAACCUUCGCAUCACAACACAAUUUCUGAAUAUUCUACUUGCUAUAAGGUACACUUUCUUCAAUUUCUCAAACCCUAAAUUUCUCAAUUAAACUCCAAAUUUCGUAAAUUAGGGUUUAGCAGCAAUUGCUUACAGAACAGAUCGCGGCGGUGGUGGUGGAAGAAUGAAGGGGCGAUCGAAUCGCCCGAUGGAUCCACCACCGGAUGAAUGGGUCGACGGUUCAUGGACGGUGGACUGUAUAUGCGGCGUCAAUUUUGACGACGGCGAAGAGAUGGUAAAGUGCGACGAAUGUGACGUAUGGGUUCACACGCGUUGUUCUCGUUACGUUAAAGGUGAUGACAUGUUCGCUUGUGACAAGUGUAAAGCGAAGAACAAUCGUGUCGGAGCGGAGAAUAAUAUUGAGGAAACUGAGGUUGCGCAGUUUCUUGUGGAGCUUCCGACAAAGUCGAUUCCUUUGGAGAGAAGGGGGAAUGGUAAUAGGAGUAAUGGAAUUGCUUCUUCUAGGGUUGCAUCGUGUUCGCGGAGGCCGUUUAAGCUUUGGACUGAUAUACCUAUGGAAGAGAGGGUUCAUGUUCAGGGGAUACCUGGUGGGGAUCCUGAGUUGUUUGAGGGGAAGACCGUGUCGUCGAUUUUUGGGCCGCAGUUGUGGAAAUGUACUGGGUAUGUUCCUAAGAAGUUUAGUUUUCAGUAUAGGGAGUUUCCUUCUUGGUAUGAGAAUGAGAAUGAAAAUAAUGAUAAGGGUUUGCAAGAGAACGAGGAUAAUGGGGCUGGGGUGCUUUUGUCAUUGUCGAAAGAGGUUAAUAAUAUGUUGGCGAAGUCGCCUGUUACGGCUUUGGUUGAUACGGGAUCGAGGCAGGGUAAGAAGGGUUUUAAGGAGAGUGGAACUGGUAAGUUAGGGAAGGAUCAUAUGCCGCGUGUCCAUAAUGCGGUUAAGAAGGAGAGGAAUUUGCUUAGGCCGUUUGUUGUUCAUUCAAGUAAGCGUAGGAAGGAUGAAUUAUCAAAAGACCGGAGUGGGAAGAAGAAGCGGGUUAAAACUUCUGAUAGAGAGGAGGUGGAUAUCAAGAAGAGGACUUCUGACAGAGAGGAUGUUGAUCCCAAGAGAAGAAGUUCUGACAGAGAGGAUGUUCAUCCCAAGAGGAAGACUUCUGAUAGAGAGGAUGUAGAUCACAAGAGGAGGACUUCACAUUCUUCUAAAGCAGCAUUUACACCCACCUGUGAUGCAAAACAAUUGGCAUUUUAUGGAGACAGAGGUCCGAAGGUUUUCAAGGAUGACAUUCGGAGCAUAAAGAAUAAAAACUUAAAAGACACAGUGGUUCAAGAUCAUAUUUCUAAUGACUCUUUUGCGGUGGGUACCACCAUAGAGGUAUCGAAUAACAACUUGACAACUACCGAAGAGUCUUCAGAAGCGUUAUAUACCAAGAAAACAAGGCGUAGUCAUUCUGCUGGAGAUGUAUUAGCAGAAGAGAAGACUGGCAAUAAAGUUCUCGAGAUGUCGUCUAAGACUGAUGAUGCCGUUACAUCAGUUCUGAAGCAUACUUAUCUUGAAAAUGCCUCAGCUAAAAAGAAGGGCGGAGAUUGCUUGGAAGCUAAUAAUUUGGAUGAAACUUUAGUAGUAAGAAGCCCUAUGAGUCCGCAGACAGAAGAUCCUCGUGGUUCUGCACCAGAACAUAUGGAAAAGCAAGUUUCUCAAGAUAUUGACUGUAACCAGCAUCCAAGCUCUGGACAAUACAAAGUUAAGGUGAAGAGAGAAGAUGACAAAGACAAAUUUAAGCACUCAAAGUUUCAUUUUUCGUCCAUCAGCGAUCUUAAAAACAAUGGAAAGUCAUCUGAUCCCACAUCUGAUAUUGGUAAAGUGAAUGAUGCUGCAGUUCUCACUUUACCUUUAUGUGAAAAUAAGGUGGGUGAUGUUGGCAUAUCAUCAGAAGUAGUCCCUGAUAGUCAUACCAAUGAACUACCUGGUAAUUUUUCUCAUGGAAAAGAAGUCGAGGGAUCUGAAGGUUCCUUUGAAACACAAAAGGGAUUCUCAGAAACAAAAGAUGGUAUCGACUCUGCUAAAAAUCUAUCAAAAUCCGAAGCACUUGAAUGUCAAAGUAAAAUGCCAGCUUCUGUCCGGAAGACGUCUCCAACUUCAUCAAUCAUAAACUGCAAAUCACCAAGCCAGGACUUCAAAUGUGAAGAUACUGAAACUGCUAAUCCUUUUACAAAGCAUGGAGCUAAAGCUGACCAUAACAUUCACAUAAAGAAUGGAAGUUGUACGAAUGAUGGAGCAAGGGAUGAAAUUCCAAGGAAGUAUGUAAGAGAGCGUCCAAGAUCCUCUUCAAAAUCCUCUUUACAUUCAAGCCAGAGUACGCAAAAUUCUGUUCCAAAGCAAGCAAAUCCAGACGUGAGAGAUUCUGUUCAUUGUUCGUUAUCUAAACCAUCCUUGGGUCACCAGACUCCAAGUGUCGUUGGUUCUAGCGAGACUAAUGCAUCAAUGCACCAUCAAAAAGGAUUGCAAGGGCAGAAUAAAACUUCAUCUUUAGUGCCACAGAAAGCAGAAAGGCUUAAUCAAACAAAUACCCAUUCUUCCUCUAAGUUGAACCAGAACCACACACCAUCAUUGAAUCCUUCUCCAACAUUAAAUUCUUCAAUGCUGAGUGAUGAAGAGCUAGCUUUGCUAUUGCAUCAAGAACUGAAUAGUUCACCUCGUGUACCACGGGUACCCCGUGCACGCCAAACAGGUAGCUUGCCACAAACAGGUACCAGUGCUACAAACAUGCUAAUGAAGCGAGCAUCGGUUGGAGGAAAGGAUAACUAUUUGGUAUCUAAAAGAAAAUACAAGGAUGCAACUAGAGACGGGUUUAGCAGUUCUCGUGAACCAGAAGAUGAAGCUAAACGGAUAGAGAAUGAGAAGGGUCAAUCAUCAUCUGAUCAGAGAAAACAAGACACAGCGUAUGUGGAAGAUGCUUCUGUAAAGGAAGAAGGAGGCCGUGCAUGUGUGACAGCUGCAAACUCUAUUACAAACAAUGUUGUUUCCACAACCCCUGCCAUUGCAAACAGCGGUUCACCUUCCCCCUGUGAGGAUCGAAAUUUGUCAUCAAUGAGGAACUCACCGAGGAAUAUAUCUGAUGAUGAUACAGCAACUGCUGGAAGACCAGUUCAUCACACCUUACCUGGCUUAAUCAAUGAGAUAAUGAGCAAGGGCAGGCGCAUGACUUACGAAGAACUCUGUAGUGCUGUGCUACCGCACUGGCCCAACUUAAGGAAACACAACGGAGAGCGAUAUGCAUAUGCAAGUCCCUCCCAAGCUGUUCUUGAUUGUUUGAGGAACCGACAUGAAUGGGCAAGAUUGGUUGAUCGUGGUCCAAAGACAAAUACUAGGAAAAGGCGUAGUAAGCUGGAUGCUGAAGAAUCUGAAGAUAAUGGAUAUGACAAAGGUAAAACUGCAAAAGAGACCGAUGGGAAGAACUUUGAGUUGCAAAAAGAAGAGUUCCCUAAAGGCAAGCGUAAAGCUCGAAAACGCAGGCGGCUGGCUCUUCAGGGAAGAGCAGUAAAGGAUGUCAGGAGGAGGCAAAAAGGCGACUCACUAACCGGUGAGGAUGUCGGUCCAUUCUCCAAUACUAGCGAAGGGAGCUUGUUCAGUGAGGAUGAAGUUCAAGUUGACAGAAUAGGUCCAGCAGGAAGUACAUCAGAUGAUGAGGCGGGGAGUGCUUAAUUUCUUCAGGUGGCUAAAUAUCUAAUUGGGUUUAUUCUUGCAGUAAUUUGCACUUCUUGGCUUCAAGUCGAACAAAGUAUUUUCUGUCUGAGUCUGUCAAGUGGGGGAGAUGCACUGCGGUACUAAUGAUGUAGCAUUGUAUUAGUAGUGUACAUAGUUUCAAUAGUAUAUAGUGUAUCCUUUUCAAGCAUGAGACAACCGUGUAGAUUUUGUAGAAUCUGUAACUUGUAAGUUAUUCAAAGAUUCAGUUAGGGAUAAAAAAAAAGAAUGUACAAUUGGCUUUGAUUACUAAUGUAGAAUCAUAAACAUUUCUAAACAAUUGUGGUAGCUGUGCGAA